GUAAAUGUCCAACGUUCUUCAUUUCCUGACGAUUCUUAAUGGGGGAAAGACAAGAGUCUUUUUGAAUCAUAUUUGUUUCACUAGUCUUCCGAAACUUUGCCAAGUAAAGUCUGGCAAAAUUCGCAUAUUACGAAUACAGGGUAAUAAAAACAAGAUUCACAGAGGGCAAGUUUUUUUUGUUUUAUUAAUUUUUUGUACUGAAGAUGAGAAGAACUGCAUAAUGUAGCCUAUGGUUUCAGCGCGCUGCUUCUGUGGGUCCCGCUUGCGCGGUCGCUGACCGGGGCUGUGUAGUGACGUCACUGGAGAGCAAAGAGCUGUUUUCUUAGCGCUCGGCGCACACUUCGCUUCUCAGAACCGAAUACUGUUCUGCUUACUCUACGUUUCUAUCUACCUUCUAUCUGAACAAAAAAAUAACCGCAAUUAUUUAACUCAUAGUUUUGUUCUGCUGCUCUGCGAAGACGGGCUCAGAAUCAGAUCUGCUCUCUGUUCCUUUUGGAUUAUGAACAUUGCUUGAUCAGAUGGAUUGUAUCUGCGUUUAUGUCUUUCAUUAGAAAGAAGAUGAACCGUUAUGGCGUGAUGAUCGGAGAUACAAGCGGAGUUCGACGCGUUCCAGUGGUACAGGUUGUAUGCUGAGCACAGGUGAAGCCCUCCUAUGAGGUGAGCUCAUCUCCCACCCCCCCCCCCACCCCACCCCAGCCGCAGAACUGAGGGAUGUCACAGCUGUUCCUUCUUCUGACCCUGCUCACGCUCUCCAUCAUCACCCAGGUGUCUUCAAAUAAAAUCCUAAAGGAAUUGAUGGAACAAUGGAUGAGCUACAAGAAUGAGUGUAUCCACAACAUCACCACUGAACCACCUGCCACAAGUGUGGUGUGCAACCGAACUUUCGACAAUUACGCCUGUUGGCCUGACGGUCCGCCUGGCACCACAGUCAACGUGCCCUGCCCCUGGUACCUGCCAUGGCAUCGCACAGUCCAUCAUGGUCGUGUGCACCGGUUCUGUGGUGCAGAUGGACAGUGGUUUCUUAAGAACACCAGUGACUGUGAACAGGAUGACCGGGAACAGCAGCGGUAUGGGAGGAUUCUCAGUAAGUUCAGGGCUAUGUACACAGUGGGCUACUCCCUGUCCCUGGGAGCUCUGGUGCUGGCUCUUGGCAUCCUGGUGGCCUUCAGGAAACUCCACUGCAUGCGGAACAACAUCCACAUGAACCUGUUCGCCUCGUUCAUCCUGCGGGCCCUCUCCAUCCUGAUCAAGGACGCCCUGCUGGACACGCCCACCCUCAACAUCAGGAGCGACGUCGCCCCCGACUACCAGGUGGAGCGCUGGGCCAACCUGGAGACGGCUGCUGGAUGUCGUAUUGCCAUGGUGAUGAUGCAGUACAGUGUUAUGGCCAAUAACUACUGGCUGUUAGUGGAGGGGAUCUACCUGCACAACCUGCUGGUCGUCACCGUCUUCACUGAGAGAAACUAUUUCAACAUCUACCUGUGCAUCGGCUGGGGAGCCCCUCUGAUGUUCGUGUUACCCUGGAUCACUGCCAAGUACCUGUAUGAGAACGAGGAGUGCUGGGAGAGGAACAUCAACAUGGGCUACUGGUGGAUCAUUCGCUCGCCUAUCCUUUUCGCCGUGCUGGUCAACUUCUUCAUCUUCAUCCGCAUCAUUAAGAUCCUCAUGUCCAAGCUGAAGGCCCACCAGAUGAGAUACACGGAUUACAAGUUCCGACUGGCUAAGUCCACUCUCACUCUGAUUCCUCUGUUGGGGAUCCAUGUGGUGCUGUUCAUCUUUGUGACGGAUGACCACACCCCAAACGGAUCCCUGCGCCUCAUCAAGCUCUUCUACAACCUCUUCUUCAACUCCUUCCAGGGUCUGCUGGUGGCCAUCCUGUACUGCUUUGUUAACAAGGAGGUUCAGUCAGAGAUGCUGAAGCGGUGGAGGAGGUGGAAGUUGGGGAAGGACAUUGAGGAGGAGUACAGACACACCCACAGCCAGACGCCCCACAUCAAGAGCGGCAGCGUGGCAGUGCCUGCCCCCGACCCUGACCCCGAUCCCGACCCCCCUGACCUGUCGGAGCCGCCGGACCACGCGUCGUCCGCCAACGGCGACGCGCCCGACGAGAACCACAAGCUGGUGGCCGCCUGCCGCAACGGCACCGGCAAGGCCGUGCCCCGCCUGCCCUUCCCCAACCCGCCACCGGAGGGAGCCAGCAACUGCAGCGCCUUCGCCGAGAACAUCCGCCUGGAGGACUGGGCGCAGUGCCUCCAGAGCCCUGCGGGGGGCGCCGAGAGCAAUUUUUGAGAGGGCUCUGUUCACCCCGGGGGAAAAAGGAAAGAGGAACCAGCUGCUCCACCUCCACCCCUCGCCAUCCCACCCCCCCCCUCCCCACUCUCACCUGCUCCAGGCCCCACCCUUGGUCUACGGGGCCCGACGGUGGCAGUCGUGGACUAGUGGUCUGAGCUGGGACGGAACGGGCUCGCAGUCCGUGAUGCCGUACCUGGUCAGUGAAGACGCUGGUGCUCAGUUGCGCGGUGGUUGGCUGGACCUUUUUGGACUGUUUCAGCGCAGACAUUCUGGAGCUGAUGCUCGCUCGCCUGGCACACAUCGAACCCAACUCUACAGUCGGCAGGGUGUAAUGCAAACCUCAACCGGGAGGAAGAGACACGGUCUAAGACUUCCCGUCCCAUCUACUUAGUGUGUCAAAAGGGGGGUGUAUGUCUCGGUGGACAUAUAUUCACAUGCACACACACACACUCAAAUGCAUACACAUUACUCCUUUCUGUACCUGAAUCAGUGACCUGCGCAUCCAAUCAUAGUUCAGAGUCGGCCCGGCAGCAGGCACACGCCUCGCCCCUCCAGCCCAGUCCUGCACGGUCUCACACUGUCUCACGUGGUCCCCCACGGUCUGGCAUUUCGAUCGCGGUGUUUCGGGGAACCUCAGAGAGUCACAGCGCAGAGCUGAGAAGCAGGCAGGCAAAGAAACGGCUGUGGUCAUAGGAUGAUUCAUGUCCGUGCCGUUUGUCCCUAUCUCCUGUGGCAUCUCACCGCUCUAGGCCCACAUAUGGAAGAACAGGGAACCCAGCUCUUAAAAAUAUCGCAAGACAGUCCUGUAUGUGUACGGUAAUGAGGUUUUGGACAGAUCCUAUCGCUGAAAUUCUUUUUAUCAUUGUUUAUAAUUUAUAGGGCAUUGUAUGAAGUGGGGAAAGUACAGUUGGCUGGGGGAGAGUAGAGUGAAAUAGAUCUUCCCUCUGAUCUGAGCUGGCACUGAAUUCCUGCUUUGCUCCGCAGCGAAACUGUCAUCAGCUCUGAGUCUGGAGCAGUGGCCGGGAUUCAAUGAACGUUUGUCCAUAACUUUGUCCAUAAACUCUGACUAAUUGCGAGUGAAAAUUUUAGGACGAAUGUGGAUUGAAUUCCGGCCAAAGCCUCUGAUUCGGUGCUGAGCGCGGUUCAGUGAGCUGAAGCUGACUCUCGCGGUGUGAGUUUGUGCAGAAUUGCAGUGCUUGCGUUUACUUGAAAGUAAAAGCUAAGGGGGAACGUUGAUUGAAUCGCAGCCUUUGGCUUGGAGAACAGAAGUUGGGGGGGGUGGGGGCUGCGCUCCCAAAUCCCCCUGGAGGGGGAAUCAGUCAUCCGAAUUUCAGCACAAACUCAUAUCUAGAGUGCUUUUGUAUUCUUAAAAAUGUGUAACACCCAUGUAUACAGUGCAGUUUGUAUGUGUUUGGACAGUGACACAUUUUUGUUGUAUGUUUUGGCUCUGUACUCCAGCACAUUGGCAAUAUGUUGCAAAAUGUAUUUGAAAUGACAGUUUGCCCCUAACCCAAACACAGCGCGGACUGGACGUGUGGGUGCAGAUCUGUCCACGCAGCCCUGACAGAAACAAGCACAUUUUCCCCGUGGCAUGGAUGGCUUCGCCCCGUGGCAUAGAUGAUCGGAUGGCUCGGGCACGUGUUCCGCUGUCGUGACCGCGUUGCCAUGAUGAUAUGCGGUCUGGAUCUGUAGCAGGCCGAGGCUCGCGCCUGCUCACCGCUCGGCCCUCAGUUAGAGACCCUCGACCCAACAGGAAUCAAAGUGUCAUCGCAACUGUGUGAGGCGUGUACCAGACCAGAUACGACCCUUACCCAUUCAUACUCAGGCCGUUACAAGCGCUCACACAUUUACACAAAAAACACAUGUUUACACAUACGCUUGUCGCUCACAAUCUUGUGGCUACUGCCAGGUAUUUCCACCGCACUCUCAAGGAAGACUUAAGCUUCUUCUCCAGGACUACACUUGCCGCAGAGCUGCGGAGAAGAACUAAAAAACAGUCUGAAUACUUUGCCUUGGAGACCAAUCACAGUGCCUGUUAAUCACAGGGCUGGGCACGGAGACCAAUCACAGUGGCUGUUACUCAUGCAACUGGGCAGGGAAACCAAUCACCUUGGUUUUUUCCUGCCAAGGUGGCUACUGUCCACCGGCUAGACCUUCAUUAAGAUAUGGCAGUGCAUGGAGCAUACACAGGCAUGAUCAAAAUGCAAAACCUUAUCUGUGCGCAUGCUGUACAUGCACCGGCAGGAUUCAAUCAGAGCGGUAUAGGCAGCCAACACUGCCUCGUGCUCCAUAAUACAAUGUUUGAUUAAACGUGGAUUUCCAUGUGGGAGAAGAGGGGGUGCACUGUAGCCCCCCUGUACUCAGCGAAAAUGGCGGAAAUCUUGCCUGCUCAUUGCCAUUCUUCAGCUUUCAGGUGUUUUCUCCCCUUCCUCAGUGUUGAAAACAAGACUGACAAAUGACAAUGUAAGCCUAUUUGCACAAUGUUAAUUUAAAAGGUGUACAUGGUAAAUAUGUAGAUAUGUGUAUAUGCAGAUAUAAGAGACUUGUUUUGCGUCUUGUUUUUUUUUGUUUUGUUUUUUUGGUGUGCGCUCUGAAACGAAGGCCAGUUGCAUGCAUCCGCCCUGAGGAGCUGGCUUGUGUGUUUGACUUAAUCGCCUGUCCUCUCCCACAGGCUGAGGGUGUUAUUCACACAGUGGAGGCACAUUCAUCUGCAGAGUGUGUGUGUGUGUGUGUGUGUGUGUGUGCGUGAGAGAGAGAGAGAGAGAGAGAGAGAGAGAGUGUGGGUGUGCAUGCUCCUCCCUCUGUCUCACACACAGGCACACACACAUAGUCAGAACAGAUCAAAUUCUCAUUUUUUUGGUGAGAGAUUUAUUAUUUUUUGGCACUGUGACCGUCUCUUUCUCCGUACAGCAGGUGAGACCUUUAUCUGAAAAACAUGGGUGUGGUUUAGAAGAUGCAAGAGGCCAGAGGUUGGGAGGGGGACCACAUGUGAUUUACAGGGGGGACCCCUGGAACACCUACCCCCCUCUAAGGGAGACAGGGGUGGUUGGGAGGGGGGGGGGGGUGGUGGAUAAUAAAAAUACAUCAUCUCCCCUGUUUCUUUACUCCCCAAUUCAGAUCAAGCAGCUGUAUCCAUACCUCCCCCCCUCCCCCCAUUGCUAAUGUCCGUCAACUCAGGAGGGUGUAGCUGAAGUUCAGGAGGGUGCAGCUUGCAGCUGAAGUUCAGGAGGGUGCAGCUGAAGUUCAGGAGGGUGUAACUGAAGUUCAGGAGGGUGUGGCUGAUGUUCAGGAGGGUGCAGCUGAAGUUCAGGAGGGUGUAACUGAAGUUCAGGAGGGUGUGGCUGAUAUUCAGGAGGGUGUAACUGAAGUUCAGGAGGGUGUAACUGAAGUUCAGGAGGGUGCAGCUGAAGUUCAGGAGGGUGCAGCUGAAGUUCAGGAGGGUGUAACUGAAGUUCAGGAGGGUGCAGCUGAAGUUCAGGAGGGUGUAACUGAAGUUCAGGAGGGUGUAUUUGAAUGCAGCCAGCUGCCGCUUCUUUAUGCUCUGCAGUCUCUCCAGCUGAGCUGUGCAGCUGCUGCACCUGGAGGACUGUCCAAACCAAUGCAGCCUACGUAGGCACACACCUGGUGUUUGGCCAAUCAGAGGAGGCACUGUUGUAUAGCGAGACACGGAGCUCUGCUUACCAAAAAUCCUCUGUCGCCGGGUGACGCCACAGCCAAUUACGCGUUGCCCUGCGGGAUUUUCAACGUUCGCCGACACUGGCACGGUCAGGAGCUCAUUAGAACAGCAUCUCUGCGUGAAGAGUCAGUGCUUUAGACAAGCACACCAUCCACGAGCCCGUGGUGAACCUUAACUUCAUCAACAUUGCAGAGAACCAAAGAUUCAGACCACUUCAUUACCUCCAUUUUGUGCUUACACUGUCAGUGGAGAUGCUUAUUAAAUUGUUUUAUUUUGGUUUGGGGGUGGGUGCAUUUUACAGUUUUUUUUUUUUCUUUUCAAAUGUCAAUUACCCCAACUCCUUCCGCUGCGGGGUAGGUGGCUGACGAUGGUGGUAACCGGGAGAAACUCAGAUGCCAUACAUCGACAUGAACCGCCACAAAGAAGUCUAUCCUGUUACACAAACUGGACAUCAACGCACAGUACCAGUGGACUUGAACCUGUGCCAAAGUGUUUUUGCGACAAAUACUGUAAUGUACGUCCAUAUAAUAUAAACCAGAAGCCCCUCCCUUUAACUUACACACCCUCUGCCCCCCCACCCCCCCCAGCGAGGAAUUACGUCUGCUUAGCCUCCAGUUAAAACAUCAUUCGGGGGUGGUGGUGGUGGUGGUAGAGGGUGAUGUGUUGGUCUAAAGGAUGGCGUAUGUGCCAUUGGUAAGCAUGGCAUGAUCACUGAAACCAAGAGAUUUAGUAUUCAAGAGCCUCGAAAUGCGUGGAGCUUUCACAAGCUUUUCAUCAGUCGCUCGCUGAUUUCAACCAAAUGUUCUUUCUGCAAAAAACAUUUUGAUUGGUUGAAACAAGUGAAUGAUUGACAGUGACGCACUAGGCGGUUCAUGAAGCCUCACCCCCCCCCCCCCCCCCAUCGCUACUAGUCACGACGUACUGCUGAGUAAUUAUUCCACUUUUUAAAAAUAAAUCUUGACUGCUACAGGGGACAAUAGGAAUUCAUGGCACUGCUGAGAGCACCUAUGCCGGAAGGGUUAGGCAAAUUAGCCAGUCCUCUGACAUUAUACAAUAAGAUCCGCCCCCCUCGCUGGAGUUCCCAUACUGUUCCCUGAAUUGGCUAUUUUAUAACGUCCAUUAUGUCAGGGGGGAAGGGGGGGCUGUUUCGCUCAACAACAGGACUGGUUGUAACAACCCCCGCCUUUCCCUCCAUUGGCUGUUUUUUGACUCCCGUUUUACAUGUAUUUGAAUGGGGAGGGGGGGGGCGCUCCAUACAAUGCUGGCACUGGAGUGUACAUAUUCUAUCUGAAUGUAUCCUCAUGUUACAAUUUCUGAAAGAAGAAACAAAACAAAAAAAAAGAAAGAAAAAGAAACAUUGAAAUGUGCCAUUGUUUUAUCUCACUGUUUUUUUGGUUAGGUCGUCGUAGUUUUGUAUGUUUUGUACGUUCGUCAGACCUCCUCCGAGUCCCGGGAAGGACUUCCUGCUUGUGUGUAUAUACAACAAUAAAAUCUGUUUUGUGCUC